GUGGAAGCAAUAGUCUUGUCUAAGCUAACCAUGUCAAUUAUCUGGAGCUCCAUCACUUAUCAUCACUCUAUCUCCCCAUACCCAAAACCAAACCCUUUCAAUUCAAAGCCAUUUUCCUCAUUUUCUUCACCCAAACGUACCUUAAUUCAAUGCGCUAAAAGGACUCAAAGAACAGGGAAGUUAAGAUACCCAUCAGAAAAGAAAAAACUGAAGCAAUUACAUAAACAGAAACUUGAUGCUAAGAAUAAAUGUCAAGGUAUUUGGAGACUUUCUAGACUUGCUGUUGAAGUUGAUCAAGACCCUGGAAAAGAUUUUCUUCGUGUUUCUGAUGCUCUCCUUCAACAAAUUGCUAAACUUCUUAAAUUCCCGGUUGCUUCUUUGCUUCCAGCAGAUGCAUUCACAGUGGUUAGAAAAUCAUUUGACGCUCGAAAGUCAUUGAAGGCACCUAAGUUUGUUUACACAGUGGACAUGGAUGUUGACAAGCUUUUAAGUUUUGAACCUCGGCUAUGGGACUUCAUCUCUGAGAUGGAGCCUAAGGUGGGGCUUGUAGAGCACAUGCCCCAAGAAAAAAAAGUUGGUGAUUUAUUUAGUUUACUACAUGACUCAAAGAAGGAUAUAGAAGGUGCAGUGGAAGGGUUAUCUAAUAGUUACUUUGAUAGUUCAUCUCACAAACCAAGGGUUGCUGUUAUUGGUAGUGGUCCAGCGGGUCUAUUUGCUACUCUAGUAUUGGGGGAGCUUGGUGCAGAUGUUACCUUGAUUGAACGCGGUCAACCUGUGGAACAAAGGGGGCGUGACAUAGGUGCAUUGGUAGUUCGCCGGAUAAUACAAACAGAAAGCAACUUUUGCUUUGGCGAGGGUGGUGCAGGUACAUGGAGUGAUGGCAAGCUUGUAACUAGAAUUGGGAAAAACAGUGAUGGUGUCCAAGCGGUCUUGAGGACACUAAUUCACUUUGGAGCUCCAAAGAGUAUUCUGGUUAAUGGGAAGCCUCACUUAGGGACGGAUAGGCUGGUUCCACUACUUCGCAAUUUUAGGCAGCAUUUGCAGGCCCUUGGUGUCUCUAUCAAAUUCGGAACGAGGGUUGAUGAUCUUCUUGUGGAGGGUAUGACUAUCAAAGGGGUGAAAGUUUCAGAUGUAACAAAAAAUUCACCAAUCCACAGCCAAGACUUGAGAUACGAUGCAGUUGUUUUGGCAGUUGGGCAUUCUGCAAGAGAUGUAUACCAGAUGCUUCUAUCACACAAUGUGGAGUUGGUCCCUAAGGACUUUGCUAUCGGCCUGCGGAUUGAGCAUCCCCAGCAACUUAUAAAUAGCAUACAGUAUGCUGGAUUGGCUGCUGAAGUUCAAGGUGGACGUGGAAAGGUACCAGUUGCAGAUUAUAAGAUUGCGAACUAUCUCAAUGGAGAGGGUUCAGUAUCGGAUUAUGCAUCUGCUGGCCGUGGCUGCUAUUCUUUUUGCAUGUGUCCUGGAGGACAGGUUGUUCUCACUAGUACUAAUCCGUCAGAGCUCUGCAUAAAUGGAAUGUCGUUUUCUCGACGUUCAUCUAAAUGGGCCAAUGCUGCUCUAGUUGUUACAGUCUCAACGAAGGAUUUUGAGAGUUUAAAUUUUCAUGGAGCCCUUGCUGGUGUUGCCUUUCAGAGGGAAUUCGAGCAAAGGGCAGCUCUCAUGGGAGGUGGUAAUUUUGUGGUUCCCGCACAGAUAGUCCCAGACUUUCUCGAAGGUCGGACAUCAGCCACGUGUUUGCCACAAUCGAGCUAUCGUUUAGGAGUGAAGGCUGCGAAUUUACAUGAGUUGUUCCCUACUCACAUAACAAAGGCUCUACAAGAUUCCAUAUUGAUGUUUGAGAAAGAGCUUCCAGGAUUUAUCUCAAAAGAAGCCCUUCUACAUGGUGUUGAGACGAGAACGAGCGCUCCGAUCCAAAUUCCACGCAACAAUGCCACAUUCGAGAGCACAACCUUAAAGGGACUUUAUCCAAUAGGAGAAGGAGCAGGCUUUGCUGGUGGAAUAGUUAGCGCAGCAGUCGAUGGCUUGUAUGCUGGUUUUGCCGUGGCCAAACAUUUAGGGUUGAUAACCGCAGAAAUUGAUUCUUUUAUAGGCAAAUCACAAACUUCCGGGUUCGCCAAGUAUUGACAAUUAUAGGCAAAUCACAAGCCUGGAAGUCUGUUCUUUUUGAAGAUUAGGUAAUUUUGCAAUGAUAAAUAUAGAUUAGAAGGAAAUUGUCUGAUGAAUGUUUUAUGUAAAAUGUAUUACGAAGAAACUCGGUUUUGAGGUUCUCGGGAUUGAUAUUCUACUUGCGAUCACGGGUUAGGACCAAAAUGAUAGAAUCGAUUUGUUAGGUUUUACUACAUUUGUUAUUUAAAUAUGUAAUAUGUUGGAAAUAAAUGGUAUUUUCAUUUUUGAAGUUUGAAUUAGUAAAUUGAAAAUUUCUUCAACUUUUUUCAAGAUGUGAGAGGUGAAUGC